CAGCCCUUUCCAUGGCGGCUGUGCCUGCAUGCCCUGGCCGUGCCGCGGCUCUGCUGCCAGGCUGCUGGAGGGCUGCUGGCAGGGCAGAGCUGCUGCCCUCCAGGCGUCCCGCACAGCUCCGCACCCCGCAAUGCUGCGGUCCUGCUGGCUGUGGCUCCCCCCCUCACGCUCCCUCUUGGAAUCUCUGUGGCUGCCAGGAUGAGGUGCAGAAGAUGAAGUUCCUGAGGAACAUCGUCACCGUGUGCACAACCGCCCAAGAGAAGGGCUUGUUAGAGGGCCUGGACAUCUUCUGCCGCGGAAAUAAGCUGGCAGAGAACAUCCAGGUGCUGCUGGACGAGGAGCCCAGGGACAAGCUGUGCACAGUGGUGCGGCAGCAAGCCAUGCUUGCUAUCUAUGCCUUAAGCGUGGUGCAGAUGGUGUUGGAGGACAAAAUGAUGUCUCUUGUAGCUGCGUGUUCCAGCAGUGUCUUCUUCCUUCCUCCGAAAGAGGAACUGGACAUUCACCUCUACAAUACGACCCUGAACAAUAUGGACAUCAUGCUGCGAACAUUGCUGAUCAGCCCUCCUGCCUCCAGCCUCUGGGACAGGGUGAACAUUAUCUUUCAGGUGCUGCUGCAAUUCACCACCUCCGAGACAAAAAUUGUACAGGAGAGAGCCAUGGAGAGGAUCUGGAAGGUUAUUUUUUUCCUGUACAUUUUUUCCGGGAAGCAGAUAUUUGGAAACUACAUCCAGCCUUCUCAUAGAAAAGACAUUGUCCACAUGACACUUGAGAUCAUUCGAGAAUCCAGCAUCGAUAACGACAAGAAGCACUGGGCCAAAUUCAUGCUGGAAGUGGCCAUCCAAGACCCUGAAGCCUGGCUGAUGGAAGUGCCAAAGAUCCUGAGGUUCCUCCAUGAAAACCUAAAUAGCAACAGCACAUCUUUACCCCGGAACAUCUUCACUUCAGUACUGCAUGCGCUGACUGGCCAGUUUCCCAGACAAGCGGUCAUAAGCGUGUUGACUGACCUUCCGUCACUUGACAGCACUACCCUGGACAUGUGGGAAGAGAUGAUUUCCCACGCUAAAAUUUCAAGAACCGUCUUGAGGGAGCUGUGCACUGUGGUCCGUAGUCGAAGGCGCCGCAAGCUUUUCCGAGCCAACACAAUCAAUGGCAGCAUCGUUCGUAUAAUUAGAGUGAUCUGUAGGAAUCGAACACCACAGGAUUUCUAUGAGUCAAAGUACCUCCAGAGGUGUCUGAGGCUUCAAAGCCUGCCGAUGCUCUCUCUGGCGCUCAGAGCCCUUGUCAUGGAGUCGGAGAGACAUGAAGCGGUGAGUAGUAGUUGGCCAAGUGAAGACCUUUUGGCAGCCUGGUGCUGGGGCAGGAGGCAACGCCAUGGCUUGGCCUUGGCUGGGAGGCAGGAGGCGGGGUGAUGGUGGUGGUGGGGC